AUGGGGAAAACGGAGAAAAACUACAAGAGGCUUAAGGGAAGCCAAAGUUUCAGACAAAGGUUGCUUCUCUCCACACUCUCUUCCACUCCCAUUAUCAUCGAAGACAUACGCACCCACGAGACAUGGCCUGGUCUUCGCAACCACGAGAUUUCACUCCUGCGUUUAUUCGAAACUGUCUGUGAUGACUGCCGCGUUGUAAUCAACCAAACUGGUACUAAAUUGACGUAUGAACCUGGAACUAUUAUGGGUGGCAGAAUCAAUCAUCCCCACGAUUGUGGUGUUUCGCGAUCCAUUGGCUAUUUUCUUGAACCACUCGUUGUGUUGUGUUUGUUUGCCAGAGAGCCCCUCACCAUUAGCCUCAAAGGAAUUACAAAUGAUUCUAAAGACCCAUCGGUUGAUACCUUCAAGUCUGCUGCUUUUCACAUACUAAAGCGCUUUGGAGUGGACUUUGAAGCCUUGAGUCUUAAAAUAGAGAGUCGUGGACUGCCUCCUAAUGGUGGCGGCGAAGUUAUUUUGUCACUUCCUAUUGUUCAGAGUCUAAAUGCAGUUAAUUGGAUCGAUGAGGGGUUUGUUAAGAAGAUACGAGGAGAUACAUUUUCAACCAAUGUAUCUGCUCAAUUUGAAAAUAGCAUGAUUAUAGCUGCACGUGGAGUCAUCAAUCCACUAGUUUGUGAUGUGUACAUUUGUACUGAUCACAGAACGGGUCGACCGGCUGGAAACUCUCCUGGAUAUGGAAUUUUACUAGUUGCAGAGACUACUUCUGGUUGCUACAUCUCUGUAGAUACUGCCGUUUCUCAUGGGAGGGAUGAAGAUACUUCCGGCCUUGUAGAUGAUGUGAAAAAGGAUCUGAUGCCUCCAAAGGAUAUUGGUGAGGGGAUUGCUAAUGCUUUAUUAGAGGAGAUAGGUCAAUCUGGAGUGGUAGAUUCAACAUAUCAGGGUAUGCUAUUUCUUCUUUGUGCUCUAUGUCCUCAAGAUGUUUCCAAGGUUCGCAUUGGAAAGCUUUCCCAGGAUGGGAUUAAUACUCUUAGAAACAUAAUGGAUCUUCUUGAUGUGAAGUUUAUUAUCAACCCGGAUCCGGAUACACAGUCAGUUAUCCUCAAAUGUAUUGGCUGUGGCAUGAAGAACCUUUCUCGAAAGAUCUCAUGA